CCCUGGGUCGCCCCGGUACCAGACCCCGCCUCGGGCCGCGCCGCUGCUCUCGGUCGGACUGUUCCGCUUUAGACGGCGCGCGCGCCAGGCAGUUGCAGCUGGGACCUGCCUCUGGGCUGGUUGAUCAGAGAGGAGGAAGCAGCAAUGUGUGCCGCGGGGGCUGCAGCUCCAUACCUGCAUCACCCUGGUGUCAGUCACAGCGGCCAGGUGAGUUUCCUGGGGGCCCAGCUCCCCCCAGAGGUGGCAGCAAUGCCCCGGAUCCUGGGGGACCUGGACAGAGGCACAUUCAGAAAAUUGUUGAAGCUGGUGGUCAGCAGCCUGCAGGGAGAGGACUGCCGUGAAGCUGUGCAGUGCCUCGGGGCUGGCGCACACCUAUCAGAAGAGCGGCUGGGUGCCCUGCUUGCAGGCACCCACACACUGCUCCGGCAGGCCUUCCGGCUGCCCCCCUUGAGCCUGAAGCCCGAAGCCUUCAAGGACCAGCUCCAGGAGCUCUGCAUCCCCCAAGACCUGGUCGUGGAGUUGGCUGAUGUGGUGUUUGGGAGCCAGCGGCUUCUUGACUCUGUGGCCAGGCAGCAGGGGGCUUGGCUGCCCCACAUUGCCAACUUUAGGUGGAGGGUGGAUGUGGCAAUCUCCACCAGCGCCCUGGCCCGCUCCCUACAGCCAAGUAUCCUGAUGCAGCUGACACUUUCGGAUGGGUCAGCACACCGCUUUGAGGUCCCCACAGCGAAGUUCCAGGAGCUCCGGUACAGCGUCGCCCUGGUGCUGAAGGAGAUGGCCGACCUGGAGAAGAAAUGUGAGCACAGACUGCAGGACUGACCUGCACUUCCAGUUGCUCUGGUCACCUGGGGACGGCUGCUCCGACAUCUCCAAAGCAAAGCCCACCCUGCCUAGGAGGCAGUUAAGUGACAGUGUGUGAAUGCAACCACAUCAUCCUCUGAAAAAGUUAGCAGUGUUUUUCCUUUAUUUGGGAGUAAAGCAAUGAUAAAAAACAUGUCUUUCUUGGUAGUGUUACCCUGCACACCCCUCCCCUGUUGUUGCUGGGUAAGGGGAUCUGCUGCUCUAGGGUGGCCAUCUGGUCUGGUCUUUCUGGGGUCCAGUCCAAGGCCUUUGUGUAGAUGCCGAGUUCAUUUAGCUGGGCCCCAUGUAGCAUCUGAGCGCUCUGCUCAUUUGCUCCUGUGAACCCUGUGGUUCAGUGGGGAUAUUUCGUUCUCCUGUCUUAAAUCCCUGAAUUCAUGGAGCUGACAUUGUAGAGAGGAGGGGAAGACAUUACAGAACACAGAACAACAAAUAACUGGUGCAGCUUGUUAGUGGAUGGUAAAUGAUGCAGAAAGUAGGCGUGUCCAGGUGAUGGGAGGCAUGGCUAUGGAAGAACUGGGCUGUCAUUUUACAUUGGGUUAUAGGGUGCACCUCCUGGAAGACUGGUAUGUGAGCAGAGACUUGAAAGAGGCAAGGGAACAGAGUGAUCCAAGUGGGACCUCUGGGCAGAGGGCAAGUGAGGUAGAGGAGUGAGGGGUACUGAGGGCAUUCCCUGACCUAACAGCUGUUUUAAAAGGAUCACAUUAGGUGCUGUGUUAAGUACAGCAAGAAUCAGGGGCCUUUCCCAGCACCUCAAGGGUGGGUGUGCGGGGCAGCUUGGGCUGCUGGGUUCCAGAGUGGGGAUGGCAUGUUUAGAGUUGGAAGCCACUGAGACUUGGGGGCAUUUGGUGUGCAAGAUUACCACAGUGUCCAGUGCAAUUAGGAAUGGAAACCUGGAGUCUGAGCGUGGCCUGUGUGCCUCAGCAGGAUGCUCCAAGCUCCACUUCCAUGGUUGGGCCUUGUGGCUGGGACUCCAUGGUUCUAAGUCAUACACUUGGUGGCAGUGAGGAAAGGUGCCUUCCAGGCCACCCUGGUGUUACAGACCCAAGGGAGGAGUAUGGAGUUGUCACUCAGAACCCACCUCAAACCUCUCAGCAGCCCCUGCAGUAGGGGGUGGGCAGACAGGCUUGAAGCUGCAGGCAUUGGGUGACAAGUAAGCACUGGGAUUUUCAUACCCUUUCUCUGCCUGCCAGGCCAGGGAACCCUUGUGCACCCAGCUGGGGUUUCCUGGCUGUCUCCACGGCUGUGUUGGUAUAUCUACUCUAGUAGUACACACCAAGGGCCCCUGGAGGGUCUGAAGAGGGUCAGCAGACUUGGGGGAGGGGGUCCAGGCCUUUUUGAGGCACAACUUCUGGUCACAUGCCAUCUGCUCCCAUCUCUGCCCUCACCAGUUUCCAGGUAAGUGGGGGCAUAGUGCUCUGCUCACCCACCAGCUCCCCCUCCCCUCACUAGGAGGUGGUUUAGGCCAUUUGUCAUCUGGUUAGGAACAGCAGGUCAGGUCACUGUUCUCCAUCCUUCGUAUAUGGGACAUGGUGGCCCUGACUGCUGCCCCUCCCACAGCAGCUCUGGGGCAACACUUCUUCCAAAGGGCCUCUGUCCAGAAGGCUGGGAGCAGGUAGCACAGACUUGUAGGCCAGCAGGGUAGCCCUUCUCACACGUCCUCUAGCUCAAGGCUUGGAGAACAUUUUUAUAAAGGACCAGAUGGAGUAUUUUAGCUACCCAGGUCAUAGGGGUUCUGUAAGCUCUGGCACCAUAGCUUGAAAGCAGAGAUAUGUUAAUAAAUGGAUGUGAUUACAUUCCAAUAAAAUUUUUUUACAGGCA